GACCAAGACUUCCGAGCUGGCAAAAGACACUUCCGGCACCUCCCCAAAUUAACCGGGGACACCCAUUUUGGCAUUUCAAUAGUUCUUCACUAAAAUUUCCACCUCAACAUAAUUAAAACUUUGAACAACUUCCAAAACUAUGAACUCCCAGAACAACAAACAACAACAUCAGCUACUACUAAAACAUUAAUUUCCUCAAAAUCCAUAUCAUACUUCAACUUACAAAAUCAAAAAUUUAGAACAAUGGAAGAAAAUAUGUGCAUUGAUUGCCUUAAACGCAGAAUUCAAUCAGAUUUCUCCAACAAACUCACCUUCUCUUAUCCAAUCUCUGAUUCUGCUCUUCCUUUUGCAUCUAGGGCUGUUGUUCAAAUGUCGAAUUCAGAUGGGGAAGUAUCUUCUGAAUUUAUGCUGGUGUACUUACCUCGGCAAGAAGAUGAUUGCAUCACUAGAUACGUGGAUGGUCAUAUUUAUGAUGAUGAACACAUUGAGAAACAAGGGUACAGUUGCCAAAGUAACGAUGUAGAAGUCGGUGAUGACAACAGUUAUUCGUCGUCUUCUUCGUGGAAAAAGUCCACUGCAUUGCUAUAUGCUGGAAUGAGGACUGGAGCUUGCGAUUUUUAUUGCGAGAAUUCUUUCUGUUACUAUUCUGGAAGGUUUUCUUGCUUGAGAACUAUUACUGCACUUGCACCAUGUGCUUUCGUUGGAAAUUGCACCUUCUCUGCGAUUGAGAGUAUUGCUUCCAACAUAUCAUCUGGAUGGUUGGAGGAUGACAUUUUGCGUUCUCUCAGUGUCAUGAUGGAAGGGAAAGUAACAGGUCGUGCUAGUCAAAAUUUUCUUGGCUUACUUGGAAUACCUUCAUUUCGUGAUGAUCAAGUCCCUGGUUGCCUGAGGCAUCCAAAUCUGGUCCCUGUGUUGGGAUUGCUAAAGUUGCCUGGAUAUACUAGUGCAGUUUACCCCAAGGCUCCUCAUACUUUGGAAAACAUUCUUCAUUACAGUCCUGAAGCACUGAAUUCGGAGUGGCAUACAAGAUUUCUGAUCUACCAGUUAGUCUCAGCUCUCAACUAUAUCCAUGGUUUAGGGCUUUCCCAUGGAAAUAUUCGUCCCUCUAUGGUGAUGUUGGGUAGUUCUUCAUGGGCCUGGUUAAGCAUAUUUGAUAGACCCCACGUGCAGUAUGCAUCAGAUAAAAAUGAUGAAGAUUCCUUGGUUUCAGCCCCCACAAGAGAAAGUUGUUCAACUCAUGAAUGUCUUUCCAAAAGCCUAUAUGCUGAUCUGAAUCUUUCCUCAUCAGUGGAUUGGCCCACUGACUUCUAUAAGUGGUGGAAAGGAGAGAUCAGCAACUUCGAAUAUCUACUCAUCUUAAACAGACUAGCUGGCAGAAGAUGGGGAGACUACACAUUUCAUACAGUAAUGCCGUGGAUCAUAGAUUUUAGUGUCAAGCCUGAUGAAAACUGUAAUGUAGGAUGGAGGGAUUUGAGCAAAAGCAAGUGGCGUCUGGCAAAAGGGGAUGAACAGUUGGAUUUUACAUAUGCAACCUCUGAAAUUCCACAUCAUGUCUCAGAUGAGUGCCUGUCUGAAUUGGCUGUUUGCAGCUACAAAGCAAGGAGGUUACCUCUGAGUGUCCUGCGCAUGGCCGUACGUACAGUGUAUGAACCUAAUGAGUAUCCUUCCACCAUGCAAAGAUUAUAUCAAUGGACUCCUGACGAGUGCAUUCCGGAGUUCUAUUGUGAUCACCAAAUCUUUUAUUCUCUUCACUCUGGUAUGAGCGAUUUAGCAGUGCCUACAUGGGCUGGAAGUCCCCAAGAGUUUACAAAACUUCAUCGAGAAGCACUCGAGAGUGAGCGCAUUUCACGUGAAAUUCACAAUUGGAUUGAUAUCACCUUUGGAUACAAAAUGUCUGGCCAGCCAGCUGUAGCUGCGAAGAAUGUUAUGUUGCCUUCAUCGCAGCCCACUAUUCCAAGGUCAAUAGGGCGUCGUCAGCUCUUCACUCAACCACACCCUGUUCGUUGGGGUUAUACCAAGAAAACCAGAGACACUGUUGUUGAGGGGCCUGUCUCUCUGCUUCGUGAGAACUUAUUUGAUAAUAGUGACAAACCUGUAUACUGCAGAACUGAUUACUUAAGAAAGAUAGAAGAAGCUGCUGCAUUUUGUGAACAUUCUAGGCAUUUGACUCCCAUGUACUCAGAGGACAUUGUCAAGCGUUCUUCAGUUGGUCAAGAGUCAUUGAAUCAGGAUAGUGAGUGUCAUGCAACUAAAGCAACGAACAACACAUUCAGCAUUUGUAGGUUGCCUGAUGUUGAUGCCAGCUGUCUUCUUGAGUAUCUUGAGGAGGAUGAAAGCUGCAGAGGAGGUUAUCAAGAGCUGUUGCUUUGGGCCCAGCAGUCUUCCUGUCAGAAGAGACUGUCAACAUCUGUUGCGAAGGAUAUUUUUUCUCUGGGCUGUGUUAUUGCUGAACUUUACUUGAGGAAGCCUCUUUUUGAUUCAGUUUCUUUAUCGUCAUAUGUGGACAAUGGCGCUUUGCCAGGAAUGUUGAGAGAACUUCCUCUUCAUGUGAAAAUUCUUGUUGAAGCAUGCAUGCAGAAGGACUGGAUGAGAAGGCCUUCUGCGAAGACUCUUCUGGAGUCUCCGUAUUUUCCUGCAACAGUCAAGUCGACCUACUUGUUUGUUGCCCCCCUUCAGCUGCUUGCAAAGGAUGGGUCACGUCUCCAUUAUGCUGCUAAUUUUGCGAAGAAAGGGGCGUUGAGAGCCAUGGGAACAUUCGCAGCUGAAAUUUGUGCUACUUAUUGCUUACCUCUACUACAUAAUUCGUUAUCAGAUGCUGAGGUUGAGUGGGCAUACAUACUUCUUAAAGAAACCCUAAAAUGUCUGCAACCCAAAGCGGUCAAGAGACUGGUGCUGCCUUCCAUACGGAAGAUUUUACAGGCAACAGGCUAUUCACAUUUGAAGGUUUCUCUUCUUCAAGAUUCAUUUGUGCGUGAAAUGUGGAAUCAUGUUGGAAAGCAAAUAUACCUUGAAGCAAUUCACCCAUUGGUUAUAUUGAACUUGCUUAACUCUCCUCAUAAAAGUUCUGCAUCUGCUGCAGCUGUGCUAUUAAUUGGGUCUAGUGAAGAGCUUGGUGUACCUAUUUCCGUUCAGCAGACGAUCUUGCCUCUGAUAUAUUGUUUUGGCAAGGGACUUUGUGCUGAUGGAACUGACGCUCUAGUUAGAAUCGGUGCUGUUAUGGGUGAGAGUUUUGUCGUCUCCCAGAUUUUACCACUACUCAAAAAUGUUGUUCGUUCCUGCAUUGACACAUCUGCUAUCAAUAAGCCUGAGCCUCUGCAGAGUUGGAACUCUUUAGCUCUUGUUGAUUGUCUCUUUGUGUUAAAUGGGUUGAUUGCAUUAUUGCAGAAAGAGGUGGUGGUCAGAGAGCUGCUUGAAGACCAGAGUUGCUUGUUUGUUUUGAUUCUUAUGCAGAGCAAUUUCGAACUUCCAGUUCUACAGGCUGCUGCUGCCACCCUCAUCACAGUUUGUCAGCAGAUUGGUCCAGAUUUAACAGCUGUGCAUGUCGUACCUCAGCUGAAAGAGCUGUUUGAUGAUCUUGCUUUUUCUCAAGAUUCAUCUAGUAUACCUGGUUUUCUGGGAAAAAGCUAUAGGACUUCCAAACUCAGACCAGCCGAGGAGGCUCAAAUUGAAAGUCGUAUGGAUCUUGUGUCACUUUUGUAUCCUAGUCUUGCGACUCUUCUUGGCAUAGAGAAACUGCGGCAAUGUUGUGCUACAUGGUUGCUUCUUGAAAAAUAUCUUCUUGUACGUCAUCAAUGGAAGUGGGAAUUUACAGGAGAUUGUUCUAGGAGCAUUUCAGGGAACAUGGAUGCUAUAAAGGCCACAAACAAAGAAAAUGUUAAGUCUAAGUAUAACCCAACCAAACUGCUAAUGAAUGGAGUUGGAUGGGCAGUACCUCAAUCACAGGGAAUUAAAGGAAGCAAUGGUAUGGUACUUCAUGAACACUUUUAUGAAGUUCAUCAAACUUCAGUCGAAAGAAACUCAGAAUCAUCUAAAGUUGGCAAAUGUGAACCAUGGUUCUGGUUCCCCUCUCCUGCUUCUAGUUGGCAAGGACCAGAGUUUCUUGCUCGUGCUGGUACUCUGAAAGAUGAACUUCCAUGGAAGAUCAAGGCAUCAGUAGUACACUCUGUUCGUGCUCAUCAUGGAGCACUGAGGUCUUUGAUUGUGGACCAAGAUGAGUGUACUGUAUUUACUGCAGGAGUUGGUCCUGGUUAUAAGGGAAUGGUUCAAAGGUGGGACUUGUCUACUGUUGAUUGUGUGUCAGGAUACUAUGGGCAUGACGAGGUUGUGAAUGACAUCUGUAUCCUUCCUUACAGUGGAAGGGUGGCUUCUUGUGAUGGGACCAUACAUGUUUGGAAUAGCCAAACAGGAAAAGCAAUGUCAAUAAUUUCUGAAUCACCUGCAAAUUUGGCUCAACCUUCUGUCCCUUCAUCCUCUGCAAUGAGGGUCAAUUCUGACCAAGCCAGCAUGCUGAACUCAUACCCACAUUCAAGUGGAAAUUUUAGUGGCAUUGAUGGUAGCUUGUAUACCUGUAUGCAUUUCUUAGAAUCUGUGGACAAGCUAGUAGUUGGUACUGGAAAUGGUUCUCUUAGGUUUGUUGAUAUUACACUCGGUGAGAAGCUUCAUAUGUGGAGCAGUGAAUCUACAGAUUAUGGCUUCCCUUCUCUUGUCUCUGCCAUAUGUUCUUGUGGUUCUGACAAAAUGCAAUCAGCUUCAUCACAUUCUUGGAUUGCAGUGGGACUGGGUUCUGGUAAUUGCAGGCUGCUUGAUGCCAGAAGUGGUAAUGUCAUUGCUUCUUGGCGUGCUCAUGAUGGAUAUGUAACAAAGCUGGCUGCACCCGAAGAUCAUCUACUUGUUUCCAGCUCUCUGGACAAAACUUUACGAAUCUGGGACCUCAGGAAGAGUAUGCCGCCACAACCUACUGUCUAUAAAGGUCACACUGAUAGCAUAUUGGAUUUUUCUGUUUGGGGCCAAGAUGUAGUUUCAAUUUCCAAAAAUAAAAUUGGACUCUCCUCACUAGCUGGAACUGCAGAUGAAUAUGGCCAGCAUUGUAUUGUUCGUCAGGCUCUACAUACAACAGACCGAGGAUCCAGAAACAUGUCUGUGUUGUCUAGCAUAGCUAUUCUUCCAUUUUCACGACUGUUUAUCGUUGGAACAGAAGAUGGCCAGCUGAAAAUUUGUUCUUGAGCUGAUUUUAGUGAAAACUAGUUUUUAUACACUUAAGGUCCUUUGGAGUAAGAUUGAAGGAAGCACCAAUCUACUCCAUGGACGAUGAACACAUGAUGCAAGAUUGAAGUUUACAACAUAUUCCUCCAUUUUUCCGGGUUGGGUACUGUAGGAGUGGGACUCUGAGAGAGAGAGAUAAGAGGACGGUAAUUGUUGCAUUUGUACAUUCUUGAUGUGUAAUUAUAUAUGAAGAUAGCUUUAUGUAAAUUACUAAAUUACACUAGCUUACCUGUAUCCAUAUUCUUUUAAGCAAGAAUAUGAAUCAUUCAAUUGAAAAAGUAUUCUUUUUUCAUAGUA